AUGAACUUGGUUGUGUCGAUGGAGAUGCCACCCAUGACGGAUAAGAGCGCGUGGUACUUGCUUACUUUAUCAGGACAGCUAGUUGUGAGUCUCACCUUUCUACGGCUGCAGCAAGAGCUGGCCUUCUCGGUGACUUCAAUGAACAUCCCGCCGUCUUGCCGGUGUGGAUGCUGUAAUUGCUGCGUGGAUCAAGACCAUCAUCUUCUUCGAGGCUAUCGUGGUGUCUGUGAUGAUUGCGGUCGCGACAUCUCGACAUCUUUUGGUUGCUACUCGUUUAUCCGCUGGGAAAAGAUUCGUUUUGGAGAAUUGCAGACCCUGACAGCCUCGAAAGCGGUAGCGAAGGCGCUAAAGUGGGAGCUCUCGUAG